AUGACUGAGACAGCGCCUGGGCCGUACGACGUCAACACUCGCGAGAUUUGUCGGCCAAAGACGCGCUUUUCUUCUUUCACUCGUGACACGCACAGCGUGUACUCAGCACUCCGAGAAGGAUUCGAGUAUAUGCAGCCAGAGGUGGUGAGCUAUGCCAGGUAUACCCGUUCUUUGUUGUCGAGCUCAGGAAGAGAGGGUCAGGGUUCCCCAUUAGAUGUCCAGAUAUCUAUCUUAGCAUAUCUCGCUAAGAUAUAG